AUGAAGGUUAGAAAGCGCACUUCCAAGAGAACUAGCACGCGUAUGAAAGAAGGCAUCAAAAAGAAGGCCGCUGCUCAUAACCGUAAAUUGAAGAAGCUUGCAAAAAAGGAUCCUACAUGGAAGUCAAGGGUAAAGAAAGAUCCUGGUAUUCCUGCCAAUUUUCCUUACAAGGGCAAGAUUCUAGAAGCUAUCGAAGCGAGAAAGCAGCAGGAGAUAGAAGAGAAGGAGGCUGAAAGACAAAGACUUCAAGAAGCGAGAAAAUUUGCUUCAGAGCAAGGUGAGGGAAUGAUGGAGGAAGACAUGGAAGGAGAAGAUAUGGAGGACGGAAAUGGCCUAGGGGCUUUGGUUGAAGCUGCUCAGCAGGCGGCAGAAGAUUUUGAUGGUGAGUCAGGACAGGUGGGCUCACUGGAAGACGCACCUGAAGUCACUGAUUAUGACGUUGACUUUUUCGAUGGUAAUAGGGAGGAAAGAUUCGACCUUGAAAAAUCAAGGAAAGCUUACGACAAGGUGUUCAAAACUGUUGUUGACGCUUCUGACGUUGUGUUGUACGUAUUAGAUGCUCGUGAUCCCGAGGGCACCAGAUCAAGGAAGGUAGAACAAACGGUGCUACAAAAUCACGAUAAAAGGCUAAUUUUGAUCUUGAACAAAGUUGACCUUGUGCCUCCUCAUGUACUAGAACAGUGGUUGAAUUUUCUCAAGUCUAGCUUUCCAACCAUACCUUUGAGAGCAGCACCGGGUGCUACGAACGCAUCCUCGUUCAACAAGAAGCUAACACAGGCCACGACCUCCGGGGCUCUUCUUGAAGCUUUGAAGACUUAUGCUAACAAUGCCAACUUUAAAAGGUCUAUUGUAGUAGGCGUUAUCGGGUACCCAAACGUCGGUAAAUCUUCCGUCAUCAAUUCCUUAACGGCUCGUCGCGGUAGUUAUUCAAAAGUCUGUCCAGUUGGCAAUCAAGCGGGUGUCACUACGUCCCUUCGUGAAGUAAAGAUCGACAACAAGCUGAAGAUUCUAGAUUCCCCUGGUAUUUGCUUUCCUGGAGAAAUAAAGAAGAAAAAAUCCGAGCAAGAGGCCGAACUAGCUCUGCUCAAUGCGUUGCCACAGAAAUUCAUCACAGACCCUUACCCAGCUGUUUUGUUGUUGGUGAAAAGGUUGUCGAAAAGCGAAGAAAUGACCAGUUCCUUUAAAUCCUUUUAUGAAAUACCUCCAAUUCCAGCUCCUGAUGCAGAUUCAUUUACCAAGCAGUUUUUGAUCCAUGUUGCACGUAAGAGAGGUCGCAUUGGAAAAGGUGGUAUUCCCAACCUGAAUAGUGCUGGUCUAUCUGUUCUCAGCGAUUGGAGAGAUGGCAAAAUCCUUGGCUGGGUUAUGCCAAAAGCUUCCAAAGACUCUGAUACCUCGACUCAAGGCACAGAGAAUAACACUAAAGUAGCACCGAGUGUCAACCAGUCCGAAUCUACCUCCGUAGUGAGCGAAUGGUCUAAAGAGUUCGAUCUAGAUGGAUUAUUUUCUUGUUUGGACAAUGCCGUAGAUUCUUCCAACAAAAUGUCCUAG